AGAAGUUUUCACUCUUUCCUUGGCCAAACCAACACCAAAACGAUGCCGUUUGUAUCCGGUCUUGGCCAUGACGAGGCGAAUGGUUUAAUGUUGUGUACAGAGUAUCUAGGGUUCGAGAGUUACGACAUGAGGAUGUCCGAUAACGAGGUGGAGAAUAAGAUGACUUGUCACGUGGAGGUGGAGACCGAAAGGGUCGAAGCAAAGAGGAGGAAGAUGAAGGAGAAUGUGGUGGCACGAGAGCCGGAAAAAAAGUUUCCUCCGCCUCUCUCGUCGUUGAACGGCCGAGGACAACGGUCUUUUUAUCUCCGGCCGGUGAGGAAGGAUGGUAGAUUGGAACUUACGCAAGUUAUGAUCAAUAGACCAGAGAUUUUUCAUGCUUCUAGAGAAGAUGGACGGUUGAGAUUACAUUUUGUCGAUGGUGUCAAGAAUCCCAUUAGAGGUUGUUGUGGUCCCGAAGAAACCGUGGCCUUAGAAGACGAACCUAAGGGUCUAGGUAAUGAGAACGAGGGAGGGGAGGUAAGCAGAUCUGAUCUCAAAUGUGGUACAGAGAUUAUUGAAGAUGACAAUGAUGGUGCAUGUGAUGAAGUGGUGGAUUUAUCUAUGAUCGAUGAUGUUGCAAAACGUUGGAGAUGUAAAACUAGUCAUGAGGUUUCGGUGAAUAGUGAUAAUGAUGUUGCACAUUUCCAUGAUGAUCAUGACACGAGAGAAUGGAGGCAUUUAUAGACUCCAUUUCCCACCACAAUCGACAGCUCACAGGCCUUUACGACACAUAUAACCCCAAGAUACAAUGCAUAUUUAAAAGUUUUUAGGAUUCUUAUUGAAACGAUUGUGAACUGAAGUAAAGUUUUAACGGGUUG